GACGCAGCACCAGCAAUGGCCGGCCUCACCGCCUCCAUCGCCACCUCCACGGCCUUCGCCGCCAAGCCGCGCCUGUCCCGCUCGCCAGCACGCCUCACCGUCUCCUGCUCCGCCUCCUCCAACGACACCACCCUCUCCACCUCCAUCAAGACCUUCUCCGCCGCGCUCGCCCUCUCCUCCGUCCUCCUCUCCUCCGCCGCCACCUCCCCGCCCCCCGCCGCCGCCGACAUCGCCGGCCUGACCCCCUGCAAGGAGUCCAAGGCCUUCGCCAAGCGCGAGAAGCAGUCGGUCAAGAAGCUCACGUCCUCGCUCAAGAAGUACGCGCCCGACUCCGCGCCCGCGCUCGCCAUCCAGGCCACCAUCGACAAGACCAAGCGCCGCUUCGACAACUACGGCAAGUUCGGCCUGCUCUGCGGCUCCGACGGCCUGCCCCACCUCAUCGUCAGCGGCGACCAGCGGCACUGGGGCGAGUUCAUCACCCCAGGCGUCCUCUUCCUCUACAUCGCGGGGUGGAUCGGGUGGGUCGGCAGGAGCUACCUCAUCGCCAUCAGCGGCGAGAAGAAGCCAGCCAUGAGGGAGAUCAUCAUCGACGUCGAGCUCGCCUCCAGGAUCAUCCCCAGGGGAUUCAUCUGGCCGGUUGCUGCGUACCGCGAGUGGAUCAACGGCGACCUCGUCGUCGACGACGCUGACAUCGGCUACUAAGCAUGUAUGCAUGCAUGCUUGGUUGGCUAGUCGGUCCACAGUCAGAUGGGCAGCGGAUGGCGAUCUGGAGCUGUGAUGUCUAUGUGGGAUUGGUGUAGGAGCUGAUAGGAUCAUGGAGAAACGGAACCUCUCUUGUCUUGUACUUAAGAAACUGAAAUCUUGUAUAACUAUUGUGCUCUCUCUUGCGUGUAUUUUACAUUGUUCAAGUCAUUCGUAACGAUUUCAUGAUGCACAGCA